CCACACCACACACCACACACCUCCCCAGGGGCCGCAGCGCCCCCACCUCCCCCCACGCUUCCCUACCCAGAAGCCUUAGUGGCCGGGGGGAGGGCGAGGGCGAGGGCGAGGGGGAGGGCAGGAUGAUGACCAGCGUUGCCAAGACGACGCUGUCCAGACCAGCCAAUAGCAGCAGCAGCCCCACCAAGACCAAGACUCCAGAACCCCAGGUGACCCCUGACCUCCUGAGGGGCCAGCAGGAUCUGUCUCAGCAGACACACGAGGAGACGGCCAAACAGAUACUCUUCAGCUACCUGAAGUCCGGGAGUAAUGAUAAUGACGACACCACUAAGCGGAAGGUGAACUUAGUGUUUGAGAAGAUCCAGACCCUCAAGUCACGAGCAGCCGGAUCCAGCCAACCAGAAACCACGUCUCCUGACCUGGCUGGCCAGUCCAGAGCCCUGGAGGAGCAGAGGGGAGAGCUGGAGAAGGAGGUGGGGGAGCUCAAGGCACGCCUAGUGGAGGAGGAGAAGAGGCAGCGGUCCCUAUCGGAGGCCCAGAGGGCGGCUGGAGAGGACGUGAAGGAUCUGCAGCAGAAACUCAACAGCAGCAAACAGGAGACACAGCGCCUCACACACACACUCAAGAAGACAGAGGACGACCUACGCACCACACUGGAGGAGUUGUUUCAGGCUAAGAUGGAGCGUGAGCAGUUCCAGACGGAGGUGCGUGACCUGCAGGAGCAGCUGUCUGAGAUGCACGAUGAGCUGGACACCGCUAAACGCAGCGCUAACGACACGGGAGCUAGCAAGGAUGCCAUGCUGGAGGAGCUGGCUGGGUUGAAGCUGGAGCUGACUGAGGUGCUGGUGGCUAAAGAGGAGCAGGAGGAGGUGCUGAGGAGGAGAGAGAGGGAGCUCACCGCCCUCAAAGGAGCACUGAAGGAGGAGGUGGCGACUCAUGAUCAGGAAGUGGACAGACUGAAGGAGCAGUACAACACACAGAUACACACACUCCAGCAAGGCCUGGAGGAGGCACGACAGAGUGUGUCGAAGGCGAGUCGUGAUCGUGCGGAGGUGGAGGAGGCGCGGGGCGCUGCGGAGGUCACGGCGGGACAGCUAUCCCAGGAUGCAGAGCGGUUGAGGCGCCGCGUUCAGGAGCUGGAGAAUGAGGUGGCCAAGCUGAACCGCAUCAUAGACACCGCCAAGCAACAGGAGAACACACUUAAUGAGAGAGUGGCCAGGAUAGAGAAAGAGAAGAGGUUGGUAGAGGAGUCGUUAGCGGAGGUGAGAGAGGAGGAGGAGGAGAUGUCACGAGCCAACCGAGCACUCACCACACGACUUGAGGACGUACAGAGGAACUUGAGUCGUGUGUGUGCGGAGCAGCGCGACCUGGAGGAGCAGCUGAAGGAGGAGAAGAAGCAGAAGGAGAACUACAGGAGUACCAGGAACCAAAUCGAGGAGGAGAGGAGGCUACUGGACAGAACUGUGGACAAGCUACAGAGAGAGCCGCCCUAA